AUGCCGCGGCCGGGCAAGAGUUCGUACAGCGACCAAAAGCCGCCCUACUCAUACAUCUCGCUGACCGCCAUGGCCAUCCAGCACUCGGCCGAGAAGAUGCUGCCGCUGAGCGACAUCUACAAGUUCAUCAUGGAGCGCUUCCCCUACUACCGCGAGCACACGCAGCGUUGGCAGAACAGCCUGCGCCACAACCUCUCCUUCAACGAUUGCUUCAUCAAGAUCCCGCGGCGGCCCGACCAGCCCGGCAAGGGCAGCUUCUGGGCGCUGCAUCCGGACUGCGGCGACAUGUUCGAGAAUGGCAGCUUCCUGAGGCGCCGAAAGCGCUUCAAGGUGCUGCGCGCGGACCACACUCACCUGCACGCGGGAAGCGCCAAGGGCUCGCCAGGCGCGGGGCCCGGAGGGCACCUGCACCCUCAUCACCCGCACCCCCCGCACCACCACCACCACCAUCACGCUGCGGCGCACCACCACCACCACCACCCCCCGCCCCAGCCGCCGCCGCCGCCGCCGCACGUGGUGCAUUAUUUCCACCAGCAGCCUCCGCCGCACCUCGCGUCGCAGCCCCCGCAGCCGCCCGCCCAGCAGCCGCAGCAGCAGGCUCACCCCGGCAAGAUUCAGGAGGCGGCGGCCGUGGCGGCGGCGGCGGCCGUGGCGGCGGCGGCCGUGGGCAGCGUGGGGCGCCUGUCGCAGCUCCCGCCCUACGGGCUGGGCCCGGCCGCGUCCACGUCGGGCUUCAAGCACCCGUUCGCCAUCGAGAACAUCAUCGGCCGUGACUACAAGGGCGUGCUGCAGGCCGGCGGGCUGCCCUUGGCCUCGGUCAUGCACCACCUGGGCUAUCCCGUGCCGGGCCAGCUGGGCAAUGUCGUUGGCUCCGUGUGGCCGCACGUCGGGGUCGUGGACUCGGUGGCCGCGGCCGCCGCAGCCGCUGCUGCCGCAGGGGUGCCUGUGGGCCCGGAUUACGGGGCUUUCGGGGUGCCGGUCAAGGCCCUGUGCCACUCUGCGAGCCAGGGCCUGCCUGCGGUGCCGGUGCCCAUCAAGCCGACUCCGGCGCUGCCGCCGGUAGCUGCGCUGCCGCCAGCGCUCCCGGUACCCGCGGCCGCACAGCAGCCGCCCGCCCCGUCCGCCGUGUGCCCGGCGGCCUCCGCCUCGCCCGUAGCCUCCCUCCGGGAGCCCCCCGCCGCGAGCGCAGCCGAGAGCAAGGGGGGCUCCCUGCACUCGGUGCUAGUGCACUCCUAA